GGAAGUGAGACUGAGCUACUGCUGCGAGGCUGAGCACAGAUGAUAUUGCUAUAUAACGUUGGACUAAUGAAAAGAGUUCUCUUCAUCACUGGGAAUAUGCAUGGAUAAAAUGGGAUAUUGUGGACAUUUCUUCGGACGGGAUCUCUAAAGGUAUGAGCGCUUUUCCUACCUUGGAGCAAAGAGAAUAAUCAGGAAAAGGAGGUGGAAAAAAUGGCUGCUCUCCACUUGUCAUCCGUCACUGUCACAAGGAAGUGAAAGGGAUCCUCUGGCAUACAGGCAAGACAGUGAGACCAAGAGAAAACAUCCAGAGCUAUAAGUUGCACUUUUUAAAGCAGUUGGAAUGGCUUUCUUGGACAAUCCAGCCAUUAUUCUGGCCCAUAUCAGACAGUCUCAUGUGACCAGUGAUGACACAGGAAUGUGUGAGAUGGUACUAAUAGAUCAGGAUGUGGAUUUGGAGAAGUGCCAGCUGGCUCUGGUGCCUGGCAGCAGCUGUGGGUCAACAGGAUCGGGCCCCCUGAGUGAGGAGGGCAACAGUGUGACAGACAGUCAUGCCUGUGACCUCUCCCAGUCCAUGGACAUCACCUCCAGCUGGGACUUUGGUAUCCGUCGACGUUCCAACACAGGACUCCAACAAGACAGCCGUGAGAAACCUGGGGCAGCUGCCCAGAGACUUGAAAGGCUAAGGAAAGAACGACAGAACCAAAUCAAAUGUAAAAACAUUCAGUGGAAAGACAGGACAUCCUCCCAGUCAGUGGAGGAUCUCGGGUCUCUGUUUGAAAAACGGGACUUUAAAGAAAGGCUGCGGACAGUAGGUACAAAAUCCACCCUUUCAUUGCGACUGGAACAGUGUCCCCAGCAGCUCAACAACCCCUUCAAUGAAUACUCAAAGUUUGAUGGCAAGGGCCACAUUGGCACGACAGCUACAAAAAAGAUCGACGUCUACCUCUCAAUGCAGAUGACUCAGGAGAAAGUACAUCCAAUGACAGUGGUGACCAUCGCAAAUGCCCGCGUGCAUGACCUCAUCGGUCUCAUUUGUUGGCAGUACACGAGUGAGGGACGCGAACCCAAACUUAACGAGAAUGUGAACGCCUACUGCCUCCACAUUGCAGAGGAUGAUGGUGAGGUGGACACUGACUUCCCUCCACUCGACUCCAAUGAGCCAAUCCACAAGUUUGGUUUCAGCACUCUGGCCUUGGUGGAGAAAUACUCCUCACCUGGCCUCGCUUCCAGACAGUCACUGUUUGUCAGAAUAAAUGCUGCUCAUGGUUUCUCUCUGAUCCCUGUGGACAGUCUGAAGGUAACCAUGAAGGAAAUUCUCCAGAAAGCACUCAAGAAGAGAAAAGGCUCACAGAAAGGCUCAGGACCCAUGUAUCGUCUGGAGAAGCAGACUGAGCCCAACGUCGCAGUGGACCUGGACUCAACGCUAGAGAGCCAGAGCACUCUGGAGUUUUGCCUGGUCAGAGAAAACAGCUCGAGGGGCGAGGAGAGCUCAGAGGAAGACCCUCCUAUUGACAUCACCACAGUCCAGGACAUGUUGAGCAGUCACCACUAUAAGUCCUUCAAGAUCAGUAUGAUCCACAAGCUGCGCUUCACCACAGAUGUCCAGCUAGGCAUUUCAGGAGAGAAGGUGGAGAUCGAUCCUGUCACCAAUCAGAAGGCCAGUACCAAAUUUUGGAUUCGGCAGAAACCCAUCUCUAUUGACUCGGACCACCUCUGUGCCUGUGACCUUGUAGAGGAAAGAAGCCCAAGUCAUGCAAUAUUUAAGCUCACCUAUCUCAGCAACCAUGACUACAAGCCUCUCUACUUUGAGUCUGAUGCUGCUACUGUAAAUGAAAUAGUACUAAAGGUUAAUUAUAUCUUAGAGUCCCGGGCCAGCACCUCUCGGGCUGAUUACUUUGCCCAGAAGCAGCGGAAACUGAGCCGCCGGACCAGCUUCAGUUUCCAGAAGGACAAGAAGGCCGGCCAGUAGACAGAUUGAAGCUGCUCAGCCACCUGUCUGUCUUUUUUUAUGCACAGACACACACAUAAACAAAGCCUGGGAUUUUCAUACGCAGACAGCAUCGGGCUAAACAGAAAUGGGGACUGACAGGACAGUCAAAUCAGAAAAGAUGAGAGCAGGAGAAAAGAAAACAGAGCAGGCAGACAUGUCUCUGCUUCAGCCUCUGAAAGCCAGCAAGUGUACACAAGCAAAAAAGAAAAAAAAAUGCAUUAUUCUUUUUUUUUUUUUUUUUACAAAAGAAAAAACUGAGUUUUGGUUGUCAUGUUGCCAUCAGUUUGUUUAUUCACUGCCUCUGAACUUAAGCUCCGUCCUCCAGGAUGGAUUUAUACAGCUGCAACAAGUUGGUUUGUUGGUUUAGCUACAUGCUACAUCUUUGCUUCUGUCUUUAACAUAUUUAACACAAAAUAAAGAAGAAAAUCUUCACAUUUUUAAUGUACUGUGCCUAGACAUUUUCCAUUCAUGAAGUGAAAUAAGAAUCCUUAAAUAGCCCAGUAGUCUGGAUU